AUGACGUUAGUCGAUAUCAGUCCCGAUGUGCUGGAGUACAAGCCUCCAUUCACAGCCCAGUCUACUGAAUAUGUGACCAUUGCCAACAAUUCGCAGGAGCAGAUCGCUUUUAAGGUGAAGACGACCGCCCCAAAGUUCUACUGUGUAAGACCAAACGCUGCACUCUUGGGACCUGGUGAAUCUGUACAGGUGCAUGUGAUCUUGCUUGGAUUAGGAAAAGAACCUGAGGCCGACUUUAAAUGUCGCGAUAAGUUUUUGGUCAUCACUUUGCCAGCACCUUAUGAUCUUGGUAGUGAACCAGUGGCAAAUGCAUGGCCUAGAUUAGAAACAGAAUUCAAGCAGCAAGCUGUGUCAAAAAAAAUCAAGGUCAGGUAUCAGUUGGAUUCUAAACCCCAAAAUGAGAUUGCAACACCCACGGAGAAAGAGCACCAGCAAGCGAUCCCAGCACAGGUACAUGAGGAUGUGCAAACCGAGGUACAACCACAACAUUUGGAGGAACAAACCGAGAAGUCAUUGAAGGGGCAAGAAUCUUCCUCGCCAGCAGACUCUGUCCCACCGGUUACCGCAAAAUCUGAGACCACUAGCAACCCUGCAGUGAAUUCAGAGAAUAAAAUAAGAAAUAGUGAUAUUUCGGAUGCAAAAAUUACAGCAGCCUCGACUAAGAAAGAACCGCUAUCUGCCCAAGAGGGGUCUUUGAACUCAUCAGCACUAAUCAUGAUUGCUAUUAUUGCAUUAGUUCUGGGCUGGUUGUACUACUAA